UGUUAUGUUUAAAGUCCAGCAGGUGGAAGGUCCGGGGCUGGGACACCUGGGUCCCUUGGCAGUAUCUGAGACAUGAUCGGCGCUGGCGGGGGCCUCCGGGCCUGGGGGAGCCUGGUGCUGCUGGGCCUGUGCAGCUGGACAGGAGCCAGGGCUGCUGCCCCCAACCCCGUCAGGGACCUUAGUGUGGAGGCUCAGACCACCAGGUCCAUCACCCUGAGGUGGGUGGGGCCCGAUGACCCUGACCUUCAGGACUACACCUACUGGAUCCAGUGGACUGGUGAUGGCGACACACCUGAGAACACAAGCACAGCAGACACGAAUGUCACAGUGGAUGGACUGAAACCUGGGUCCUUGUAUGAAUUUUCUGUGUGGGUGGAGACGAAUGGAUCCGUUAGCCCCCAGGAAACUCUCAAUGCCACCACAGGAGAUGAAGAAAGAACACCUCCGGGGCCUCCAGGUUCUGAGUUGGGAUCAUGGACUGGUGAUGGCGACACACCUGAGAACACAAGCACAGCAGACACGAAUGUCACAGUGGAUGGACUGAAACCUGGGUCCUUGUACGAGUUUUCCUGGACUGGUGAUGGCGACACACCUGAGAACACAAGCACAGCAGACACGAAUGUCACAGUGGAUGGACUGAAACCUGGGUCCUUGUAUGAAUUUUCCGUGUGGGUGGAGACGAAUGGAGUCCUUAGCUCCUGGGAGACUCUCAAUGCCACCACAGACCUCCAGUGUCCAUGGACUGGUGAUGGCGACACACCUGAGAACACAAGCACAGCAGACACGAAUGUCACAGUGGAUGGACUGAAACCUGGGUCCUUGUACGAAUUUUCCGUGUGGGUAGAGACAAAUGGAGUCCUUAGCUCCUGGGAGGCUCUCAGUGCCACCUCAGCUCCCAGUGAAGUCAUGGAUCUACAGAUUGAAACUCAGACCAACAACUCGAUCACUCUGUCAUGGAAGGCCCCCGCGGACCCCUACUCUCAUCUCUUCAUGUACUGGGUCCAGUGGGCCAGUGAGGGACAUCCUCAGAGGGAGCGAGAUCUCCGAGGACUUCAGACCAACCAGACAGGCAGUACCAAUGCGACCAGGUAUGAAGUGGAGACCCUGGAGCCCGGGACUCUGUACACCUUCAGCGUGUGGGCAGAGAGGAACAAUGUAGCCAGUUCCAAACAGAGCCUCCGUGCAUCCACAGCCCCGGACCCUGUCACCAUCACCUCCUGCAUCAGCACCUCUGGGGGCUAUGGGGUCAUCCUGACCUGGUCCUGCCCCCCAGGAGGCUAUGAGGCCUUUGAGUGGCAGGUGGGUAGACAGCAGGGCUCCCAAGACAAUUCUUCCUGUGAGACGGGUGUAUCCGUGUUGGGUCUCCAGCCGGCUUGGUCCUACACAGCCACCGUUACGACCAUCUGGGAUGGAAUGAGGGCCCCGUCUACCCCCAGGACUUGCAACACCGAGAAAGCAGGGGUCAUUGCCGGAGUCGUUGUCAGUGUCCUCCUGCUUCUCAUCAUGGUGGUCCUGGUGGUUUUCUUCCUGAAGAAGAGGCGUAAGAAGAGUGAGAAGAAACCAGCACCCAUGGAUCGAGACUACAGCUUUGCAGGGCACAUUUUGGCAGAAGACUUUGCUGACCACGUCAGGGAAAAUGAGAAGGACAGCAAUUGUGGCUUCGCAAAUGAGUACCAGCAAUUGGUCCUGGAGGGCUACAACCAGCCUCAGAUUGUGGCCUCAGCUCCGGAAAACAGCUUCAAGAAUCGUUAUAGAAAUGUGCUGCCCUAUGACUGGUCCCGUGUGCCCCUGGCAUCCCUCCACGAGAAGCCAGGCUCCGACUACAUCAAUGCCAGCUUCAUACCUGGUCUCUGUGAUCCCCAGGAGUUCAUUGCAGCCCAGGGCCCCCUGCCCCAGACCGUGGCUGACUUCUGGCGCCUGGUGUGGGAACAGCAGAGCCACACCUUGGUCAUGCUGACCAACUGUGUGGAGUCCGGCCGGGUGAAGUGUGAGCAUUAUUGGCCCCUAGACGCCCAGCCCUGCACCCAUGGGAACCUACAAGUGACCCUGGUGGGUGAGCAGGUGAUGGAGAACUGGACGGUACGAGACCUGAAGCUUUGGCAUAUGCAGGAGCAGAAGACUCUGUUCGUGCGUCAAUUCCACUACAUGGCCUGGCCAGACCACGGCGUCCCCCACUCCCCAGACCCCUUGCUGGCUUUCUGGAAGAUGCUCCGGCAGUGGCUGGACCAGACUCGGGGGGAAGGCCCCCCCAUCGUGCACUGCAGUGCUGGCGUGGGCCGCACGGGCACCCUCAUCGCCCUGGACGUCCUGCUGCGGCAGCUGGAGCGUGAGGGCCUCGUGGGGCCCUUCAGCUACGUGAAGAAGAUGAGGGAAAGCCGGCCGCUGAUGGUGCAGACUGAGGCCCAGUACAUUUUCCUGCACCAGUGCAUCCUGCGGUCUCUCCAGCUGCCAUCCCCAGUCCUGGCUGAGAAGGAGGCCACAUACCAGAAUCUGCUCUACGAGAAUGUGGCCGCCAUCCAGGCCCAGCAGCAGGAGGCCUAAGCUGUGGGAGAGCUGAGACCCCAGCCCAGCUAGACUCAAACUCUGCAUCCCUACUUCAGCCCAGAUUCCUGGACCCCUGGGUGAGGAGAGGGCUGGGGUCGCAGACUCCUGGGUCCUGCAGGAGGA